AUGACCCGAUUCCGGCCCUGCAUUGAUCUCCACGCCGGGCAGGUCAAGCAAAUUGUCGGAGGUACCCUCGACAGCAAGACCAGCUCAUUGAAAACCAAUUUUGUCUCUCCUCACCCUCCAAGCUACUUUGCAAAGCUUUACCGUGAUAAUGGCCUCACCGGCGCGCAUGUGAUUAUGUUAGGUCCGGGUAAUACUGAGGCUGCUAGGGAGGCUCUGGCUGCUUGGCCGGGAGGUCUGCAGGUGGGAGGUGGAAUCAAUGACAGGAACGCGGCAGAGUGGAUUGAAGCUGGGGCCGAGAAGGUGAUUAUAACUUCCUUCCUCUUUCCCUCAGGGAAGUUUUCUCAGGAGAGACUCGACGCGGUGUUGGCUGCCCUGGGAGGGGACAAGAACAAGCUCGUGAUUGAUCUGAGCUGCCGGAGAGUGCAGACGGCAGAGGGAGAGACGAAGUGGUUUGUUGCCAUGGAUAAGUGGCAGACUAUUACUGAUACUGAAGUCUGCGAGGACACCAUCAAAUCUCUCGAACCAUACUGCUCCGAAUUCCUCAUACACGCCGCAGACGUCGAAGGUUUACAACGAGGCAUCGACGCGGAGUUGGUCGCGGCUCUGGCCAAGUGGUGCAGCAUCCCUGUCACCUAUGCCGGUGGUGGCCGAAACCUCGAAGACCUCGACAGGGUCAAAGAGCUUUCUAGUGGCAAGGUUGAUUUGACUAUUGGCAGUGCACUUGACUGCUUUGGGGGCAGCGGGGUCAAGUUGGAAGAGUGUGUGGAGUGGAAUCGGAGGGAGGAGGAACUGGAGAAGAGUCAGAAGGCGUAA